UAGGCAAUUUAAAAAGGAAAAAAAAUAAAUUGCAAGAAAAAGUAAAUUAGUCAAAUGCGAAAACGAUUCUCCCUUUCCCAGCCCCUUUGAUCGCUGAAAAUUGGAGAAGCCCUAGACAGCACCGACCAAAGAUCCGAUGGAGUUCACCAGAUUACGCGACGAAGAUCCCACGGCGAGGAUUCCGGCGGCGGCGCAGGCGAAGAGGGUGAAGGGAAGCGGCGGCGUACGGACAUGGACGGUGGUGACGGCGGCGGGGGAUUCGCGGCUUGAGGAUGUCGGAAAGCACUCGAUCAUGCGUCGGACAGGUCUACCGGCUCGCGAUCUCAGGGCACUUGAUCCCGUCCUGUCGUAUCCCUCCUCGAUUCUCGGAAGAGAAAGGGCCAUUGUCGUGAAUCUCGAGCACAUAAAGUGCAUCAUCACGGCGAAAGAGGUCUUCUUGCUCAAUUCCACUAAUCCCCUCGUCGUUCUCUUCGUCUCCGAUCUCAUCCAGCGAAUCCAACAGGCAGGUGAAGGCAACGGAGUCCAAGCUAACGAUGGAGUUGAUGAUGCAAAGUGUAGUAUUAGCCCACCGGAAAAUAUCGAUACGGCCAUAGCCAUUGGCCCAAAGGUGCUGCCUUUCGAAUUCAAGGCGCUCGAAGCUUGUCUUGAAUCAGCGUGCAGGUGCCUUGAGUCAGAGACUCGGACAUUGGAAGAGGAGGCAUAUCCAGCUUUGGAUGAACUUACUUCGAAAAUCAGCACGCUUAACCUCGACAGGGUCAGGCAGAUUAAAAGUCGACUAGUUACACUAUCUGGCCGGGUGCAGAAGGUAAGAGAUGAACUUGAACAUUUGCUGGAUGACGAUAACGACAUGGCUCAAAUGUACCUGACGGAAAUGGCCGAAUCACCAGAUCAAGCAUCCCUUAAAGAAGAUUCUCAAGAUGAUGCGUCUGAAUCUGAUGAAGAGAGGGAAGAUGAAAUUGCAUUUACAAACUCAGAGAUGAUCCCAAUUCCUAAACCUAACAUCGAAGAGCUUGAGAUGCUGCUUGAAGCUUAUUUUGCACAAAUCGACGGGAUCUUGCAAAAGCUUUCCGGCAUGAGCGAGGACGUGGAAGACACGGAAGAUUACAUAAACAUAAUGUUGGACGACAAGCAGAAUCAGCUGCUACAGAUGGGAGUGAUGCUUAGCACGGGGAAUAUGAUCCUAAACGCGGGAAUCGUGGUUGUAGGGUUGCUCGGGAUGAACAUUCAUAUCAGUUUAUUCGACGGUAAGCCCUUACAGUUCUGGGAAACUGCGUUAGGAACGAUAGUAGGAUGCGUCGGUCUCUAUCUCGUUGCUAUCGGAUGGGGUAAGAAGAAGAAUCUCCUGGCACUUUGAAGUGUUUUCUGAUCAUAGAAACCCUACUUAGGUUUUUUUUUUGCCAUGAACAAAGUUACACAUGGUAAUAAUUGAUGUUGCUAUAUUUUUCAUUGUUUCUUAUAAUGGAAUGUGCCCAUGGUGGUGUUCAAAGCUUUGUUACAUUGGCUCCUCACUUCACACACCUGCAGUAUCUGUAAUAUCUAAUGCCUUUUUAACAUGUCUUGAAUAAAGAGAUUGUAAUUUCUGUGA